AUUUCUUUCCGCCUGGCAUAGUUCUUCAGAGCAGAACUUUCUUUGACUCCGGAAUUUAUCUAGUAUAUCAUUUGGCCAUUUUGGCCAGAAUCGCAUUGAAGAAAGAUGACCAAGGGAACCACUAGUUUUGGAAAGCGCCACAACAAGACGCACACCAUCUGUCGCCGGUGCGGCAACUCGUCGUACCAUCUGCAGAAAUCGAAGUGCUCCCAGUGCGGCUAUCCUGCGGCCAAGACCCGAAGCUUCAACUGGUCCCGAAAGGCCAAGGGUCGCAAGGCGCAGGGAACGGGAAGGAUGCGGUACCUCAAGAAUCUGCGCCGUCGUUUUCGCAACGGAUUGCGUGAAGGAGGUGCCGCUAAGAAAAAAACCAACUAAGUGGCGAAAGGAGUCUUUGAUAAGUCCAAUAAAAGCCGAAUGAACGC